AUGCCUAGAUCCUCCCUUCGAGAGGAAACACCAAUGUUACCUCUUCCAGGCGCGCCGUCUUCCUCGUGGGCUCAAUUUCGACAGCGACUCGCUGCCACCUUCCAUGGCGCUGACCCCCGGUUAGUCGGCGACCAUCAUCCAGGGCCCUCUCUAACUGGCUCCUCUCGGAAAUGUGAAUGUACAGGCCUCAUAAACAAUGUCCUCUACGUGAUCAUCCUCUCAGCCGCCUUAGACCUCGUCGGUCCGACCGUCCCCAAGGGCGUCGUCCUCCUCGCCGAUGUGCUCCCCUCAUUCGGCACGAAACUCGUCGCGCCGUAUUUCAUCCACAUAGUCCCAUACUCGGUGCGCGUUGUAAUCUUCGUCCUUCUCUCCGCGAUCGGCAUGCUCCUCGUCGCACUGAGCCCCGGUUACGCCGACGGUGGCACGAUCUCGACCAAGAUUGCCGGCAUCAUCCUGGCCAGUCUGUCCAGCGGGGCCGGGGAAUUGAGCUUCCUCGGUUUGACACAUUUCUACGGGCCGUUUAGCUUGGCUGCGUGGGGGAGCGGCACCGGCGCGGCUGGGUUGGUUGGUGCUGGAGCGUAUGCGUUGGCUACGACGUCCCUUGGACUGGGGGUGAGGAACACCCUGUUGGCGUCGGCGUGUCUGCCAGCGGUGAUGGUGGUGAGCUUCUUUGCCAUCUUGCCGAGAUCACCGGUCCAUCCGCUGGCUUCUGUGCCGGCGGAGUAUCGGGCCAUUGGGACGAGGGAUCUGCUUGCUGAGGAACGGGGGGACGAUGAGCGGGAUGAACGGGAGGAGCGCGUGGGUGAGCGAGAUGGGCUUCUUGCCUCUGUGCGGGAGGAUACCCAGAAGGGGGUGUCGCCGACUCUGCUCUUCCCCCUGGCCUCGUCCCCGUUCGCCCACUAUCGCGCCUUUUACCCAGCAUACAACGCCAUCUACCAGGUCGGGGUCUUCAUCUCGCGUUCGUCGACGCCGUUUUUCCGCAUCCACGACCUGUACUUCCCGUCGUUUCUGCAAAUCGCCAAUCUGGUGCUGCUGACCCUGCACGCCCUGUUCGACUUCAUACCCAGCGUGUAUAUCAUCUUCAUCGUCAUUUUCUGGGAGGGGCUGCUGGGCGGACUGGUGUAUGUCAACACUUUUGCGGAGAUCGGCGAGCGGGUGCCCAAGGCCGACCGCGAGUUCUCGCUGGGGGCGACGACGGUGAGCGACUCGGCGGGCAUCUGCAUUGCGGGCUUUGUCAGUAUGGUGUUUGAGGCUAGCAUCACGGGAGCAAUGCAUGUGACAGUUAACAACUAUCGAGUAUUGCUUCUUAUUCUGUUUGUUAUUCUACGAAUCUUUCCUGCACCGAUAGAUCUAUCACAUCGUACCUGCAACAUGAUCGACCAUGUGCUGGGAAGACCAUCCACCAAAUUCCGCAAGAUCCAAGUCUGCGCCGUGCUCCUCUUCUGGUCAUCACUGUCGCCAAACGCUCUCACUAACGAACUCAGCGGAAACAAACACGGUCCCCCCGGCAUCCGCAAUGUCUCCUCGCGCAUCUCGGGCAAGCUGACGGCAUGGCAAACCACGGUAGGCGUCUUCCUCUGGCUCUACGUGUGCCGCAACUUUGCAAAGAUCGUGGGCCUCGAAUGCCCCGAGCCCAUGGCGAACCUCUACUCGCGAUCCUUCUUCCGCGCAACCUGGUUCAUGACAGCAUUAGACGCCGGCUUCUGGACCGCCAUGAAGAUCAAGCCGAAAUGGCUGCGCGAUAUCGCCUCCCUGAUCUUCAGCAUCUACUACCUCUUCGCAGCGGAGCAAGCGGACGACAAGGUCCGCCGCGUGCGCGCAACCCUCACCGUCGACCAUCUCCGCGUCGCCUGGAACAAAGGCACAACCCCGUACCUCUGGGCGCUGGGGAAGCUCGCCCGCCCGCGCCUGACCACCUACGGACCCCGCGCGAUCCGCAUUCCGCGCCCCACGCACUCGUCCUACACGGAACCCACCCACGCCUGGCUGUACUUUGACGGGCCGCUCAGCGCGCUGCGCGACCAGACCAGCGUGGUGUUGGACUUCCCCGGCGGCGGGUACGUGGCCAUGAGCCCGCGCGCGGCCGAAGACCGCCUACUCGCGUGGGCCGGCAAGACCAAGGUGCCCAUCCUCAGUCUGGACUACAAGAAGGCGCCGGAGUAUCCGUACCCGUACGCGCUGCACGAGUGCUACGACGUGUACCACAUGCUAGUAGCCACGCGCGGCCGCUGCAUCGGGCUGAGCGGGCACACGCGUCCGCACAUCGUGCUCUCGGGCGACAGCGCCGGCGGCAACCUCGCCGUCGGGACCAUGCUCAUGCUCCUGCAGGCCGGGAGCGAGGACACGCCGCGCUGGCAGCCCGAGCACGUCCUCCCGCGGCCGGCCGGCCUCGUCCUCGCGUACCCGUCGCUGAACAUGCGCGUCGAGAGCUGGAUGACCGAGGAGCAGAUGGCGCUCAUCCAGGACAAGAGCGCGCGCCGCACGAACGAGGGCAUCGUCCGCCGCAAGGCCGCCGACUACCAGCGUUUGACGCCCGGCACCUCGCCGGUCGUGUCGGCCAGCGACGUCCGUGCCAGCGCAGACAGCGACCCCGCGGCGGCUCCGCCGGUCGCCGCGAAGCCCACGAAAGGCACGCUGGCGGCGCAGGCGGCCGCCGUCGCCGAGUACCACCACCCAAAGCAGAUCCGCACGCGGCUCGCCGUGUCAUCCAUGAUCUCGUACGUGCACGACCGCAUCCUGACACCGGAGAUGAUGCGCGCCAUGAUCAUUCUCUACAUCGGGCCGCACAACCGCCCCGACUUUAGCACGGACUUUCUGCUCUCGCCGGUGCUCGCGCCGGAGGCGCUCCUCGCGCGCUUCCCAAAGACAUACAUCAUCACGGGCGAGCGCGACCCGCUCGUCGACGACACGGUGAUCUUCGCGGGCCGGUUGCGGCAGGCGAAGCUGCGGCAGUUCCGCGAGCGCCAGGAGCUCGGGCUGGAGAAGUCGCACCGCGAGUUCAACGAAAAGGAGCACGUGGAGAUCUCGCUGCUGCCGGGCGUGUCGCACGGGUUCCUGCACAUCGCCGGGUUCUUCCCGGAGAGCUGGAAGCAUAUUCACCGGUGCGGGGGGUGGAUCGUGGAGUUGUUUGCUGCGGCGACGGCACGGGGGGAGAGGCAGUUGCCAGAGAAAGCGAAGGCGAAGGAGAAAUCGUCCGCGGGUUUUGCGCCGGGGUCGUACGACGGUGGCACGGGGGAAAUGAGGGACGCGCACGGGGACGGCGACUAUGUGCGGCACCAUGUGCGGCGUCUGACGGGGGAGUCGUCGGGCGACGAGGAUCGGCCGUUGGAGAUGGGGGUUGGGAAGAUGACGCCUGCGGUUCAGAAGGGGGAUAUGCCUUUGCAGGAUGCGCGUUCGGGUGCGGUGGAGGACAGGGGAAGGUCUGUCGGUGGCCUGAGGCGAAAGCGGCGUCUUGCGCCGAGUAUGAGGAUUACGAUGCCGUCGAACGAGGAGCUGCCGGCGGAGGAGACGGUGGCACGGCGACGCAGAGACCCCAGUCUGGGGAGUCUUCCCAGCGAGGAGGAUCUUUUGGAUCGCCGGAUGAAUGGGCUGGCUGGGGGGUUGAUGGGGAUAGGUGAAGGGGCGCAGACGCCGUAG